ACAAAGACUUCUCUUGCAGUGGCAAGUUAAGGCUGUGUGAUACACAUACAUAUUAUAUAUUUGUUUUUACUUCAGGGGUAGUUUCCAGGGAAGAAGUGGGGAUAGUAAUACAUCAUAUGACCAAGGAAGAAGGGAACAACACAGAGUUUAUGUCCAAAACAUUCCUAUGGACAUGCAACAAGAUAGCAUUGAAACCCUGUUUARUAAAUGUGGUCAAGUUGUAUCAACGAAAUUAUUGGAACCAAGAGGAGGACGAAACACUGUUGUAGGGUUUGUUACAUUUUCUACUGAGGAAGCAGUUGAGGAAGCGAUCCAGAAAAUGACUGGCUGUACGUUAGGUGAUGGCCCACCAUUGCGAGUUAUGCGGCCUGCUAACAAAAGCAAUAACAAUAAUCAGUCCAGUGUGACAUGUCACAAAUGUGGUGAAGCGGGACAUUAUGCAAAUAAAUGUCCCAGUGGUAAUACAGAAGAGAACAGGCAAGGAGGAAAAACUUGUUUCAAGUGUGGUGAAGCUGGUCACUUUUCAAGAGAAUGYCCUAAUAGUUCUGGUGACAAUAGGCGAUUUCAAGACAACAGUCAGCAACAUAACAACAGGUUCCACAAUGGUCCAUCAAAUAAUGCACCACCAACAGAGAGAAGCCCCUUUGGUAACAAUAGUAGAAAUAAUGCUCCAAACCCUGGUUCAAAUAGUAACCAWUCUAGUGAAACAAACUUUAUGGCAAUGCUUGGUAGAGGAGAGACUAGGAAUACUACUAAUCUACCAAGACCAGGGCAAAGCAAAUCUUUUCCACCAUUAAAACCCUUAAACAMCACACAACCCAUGCAAAAUGGCUAUCAYGAUAAGCCAGUUGGMCAGGGGUAUCAAAGCCAAACAGGAUUACAUGCUCAGGAAGAAAAGCCUCAAACAUACAAUUAUAACCAACCAAUGACUCAAGGGUACCAACAGGCAUCUGGUCAAGGCAAUUACCAGGGACAGCAAGGCUACCAAGAACCUGGUCAAGGGAAUUUCCAUCAGCCUCCUGGGCCAGGAGGCUAUCAGGAACCACAAAGAUUCCAACAACCAAUAUCAUAUAAACACUUUUCUCUCGCUAAUGUUAUUCAUUCCAUUAUUCCAUUUCGAGACAGAUUGAACAUGGCUGACCACUUUGUUGAAAGGGCUAUUCGAGAAUGUACAUCUGAAAAGGAGCUAGAUGAUUUACUUGAUAUUUUACAACCUAACACUAUUGCUUUGACGAUUGCUGCGAUGGAAACUAGAGAUCGCUUAGUUUCGAAUCUAGUAAUGGAAGUGGAUCAGUUAACUGAAGCAUUGUUAUUUGAUGAUGAUUGUAAUGAGAUAAUUCAAGAUUUAACAAACGCAGACGAAAGCAGUACAGCUUGCAGGAGUCAAACAGGAGGACGUAUGAUGAAACGUCAAAGAGAUGAACAAGACUGGGAUGAAAAUAUUCUUCCCAGAAAGCAAAAAUAUCCCGAGCCAACACUGGUGCAGCAUUCCCGACAGUAG